AUGGGCUGGUCAUCCAGAAAUACAAAGAGGAUUCCAAACCAAGGCGAAGCUGGAGAUCUGAUUGUUCCCCAGGGAGAGCGAGAGCCCAGCCAGUUCUUCGUUUGGGGCAACCUGGACAACCAGCCCAUCAUUCACUUUGACAGCCGCAAAGGGAGGGUGGAGACUCUGGUGUCCUGGAUAGAGGAGGUGAAGAAGGGGACCUUUCUGCCCGUUGAGUGGGUCUUCAGGAGUGAGCUGGAGAAUUUGUCAAAUCUCAACAACCUCACUGAAGAGCUUCAUACCUGGCAGGCGAUUGUGGGCUGUGAGCUCAGGGAAGAUGGGAACAAUGAUGGAUUUUUCCGCUAUGGCUAUGAUGGGAUGGACUUCCUCAGCUUCAAGAAGGAGACCCCCAGAUGGGUGGCAGCUCAGCCCCAGGCUGAGAAGGUCAAGGAGAAGUGGGAGGAUCAUCCAGGGUGGUCCCAGAAAAAUAAAUUUUACCUGGAGAAGAUCUGCAUCAAAUUGCUGCAGAGGUAUCUGUCCUACAAGAAGGAGGCUCUGGAGAAGACAGAGCCCCCAGUAGGGAAGGUGACCCACAAGGUGAUUGAUGACAGCCAGGAGAUCCUCGUCUGCGAGGCCUAUGGCUUCUACCCCAAGGAGAUCCAGGCCACUUGGAUGAGGGAUGGAGAGAACUGGGAUCAAGGAACCAUCCGGAGGAACGUGGCCCCCAACUCAGAUGGGACCUACUAUGUCUGGAUCAGCAUUGAGAUCGAUCCCAAGGAGAGGAACCGUUCUCAUUGUCACCUGGAGCAUGAUGGCUUGCAGGAGCCCCUGGUGUUGCCUUUCAAGGAGGAAACGGGUGAGAGGCUGAGCUAA